GUGAGAAUGAAUGAUGUCAGGCAAGAUCCAGGCUCGCGGGGGGAGCAAAGAGCAUGAAACUGAGUGUAAACACAGCCGUAGCACGCAGAAAAGCUGCCUGGAGUUUACCCCGCCCUCUCUUCUGCCUGGAGCCGCCCUCAAUCAGGAGAGCUUCUCCAGCUGUAGCACUGCUGAGGUAACAGAGCAUACGGAUCUGGCAAUCAUUUCAAGGAAACCUUACUAAGAAGUGUAGCCCUCCGCAUCGCCCUUAAGGCCAGUCCCUGUUGCCUGGAAGGAGAAGAGAGGAGUAAGAAGCUGUGAGAGACGAGAAUUGCAGGGAAAGAUAAAGUGUGGACAAACUUUCUAGCUGCUUUUGCUUCAGCUACCACCCCAGAAGUGGGAGUGUCUGUGUCUUUGGCCAUAAAGCUGCAAAGCCCAAAUGUCAAAGAGUCCUGAGGCUGCAAAGGAGACUUCCCUGCUGCCUUUGGGGCGGAACUACCUUCAGCUCCAUGUUUCCAUAUACAACCAGUGGGUACGUUGAAUGACACAAAUCAAUACAACUUGUAUUCUGCAUAGAGUGAGGUUAAUGAUGGAAUUGGCUUGUACCGACAUGUACCACGACAGCCUGAGUAUUUCACAUAAGAUGUCUAAAAUUAGAUGGACAAGUACUAGAAAUGCAACUGUAGAACGAUCCUGCAUUGGCAAGGAUUACUUGGAAAAAUAAAAAAUAUAUUUUUCCAGGUCAAUUUAGAAGGACUUUGGGCUUUCGCAUUCGACUGCAGUCUCAACAACAAACAAACCCAAAAUUCAUCCUAAUCUUAUUUCAUCCUACACUCAAGUCAUAAAGCUGGUCUUUUGGUAUCACAAGUCUUUCCAGGAAAAACAGACUGUCUUAUGAAGACAUAAACACAAGUGUGACUUCACUGGGGUAUCAAGCUGAAGGAAAAGUUGGCCUACCAGCUAGGGAGCUCUUGCAAUUGUUAACACAGUUAUGACACUACCUAUCAGGGAAUAAUCUUCUACCGUACAUCAGUUCAGAAAGAGCCACGUUGAAUUGCCUGUCUCUCUUUCCAUGUCUAUAAAUCUGCCACGUUCAACCUCGGAGGUGAAGUAUGCGUCAGUGGUAGGCAAAGGGAUUCCAGUGGUGCAAAAGAUGGACUCUGCUGUUGAAGCACUUCGGACUCUUUUGGGAUCAAAGAGGCUACAUAUUCGUUCUUUGUCCAUCACUCUUGAAGUUUUAGGCCUAGGUUGAUACCACCCACUAAACUGAUUGAUUGAUUCCAGAUCAAAAUAAAGUUAUUCCACUUUAAUUUAAAAGUUAACACCAUCUACUUGGAUUAAACUAAUGAUACAGUAAGAGCUUUUGGGGAAAAAAACUGAGUUUUGUCUCAAAGAUCUGUUGCAGAACAACUGAAAAGAGAAAGCAGAAUGGACAACUUCUGAAAAUUGUAUUAGAGAACAAAAAUCAAUUGGAAACAUACAAGGUGGACUUAAAGGAGUAAAGAAUUUUAAAAAGCAUCCAGAAACUGGUAAUUCCCUGUUUUGGCUCAAGGUCUUGGGAUAAUGGAUACCAUUGAGACUGCAAAGCUUGAAGAGCACAUGGAAAGUCAAAACAAUGACACCUCAAAUGGUUACGUUCGACCUACCCUAUCUGUCAGUGAAGAGAGUGAAAAUGGCAAUGGCAAACCUAAGGGUUUACCUAAUGGUUUGCGAAAAGGCACAAAGAAAUAUCCGGACUAUAUUCAAAUUUCUAUGCCUGCUGAAUCUAGGAGCAAAUUUCCUUUGGAAUGGUGGAAAACAGGCAUUGCCUUUGUGUAUGCUCUCUUCAAUUUAAUUCUAACAACUGUCAUGAUCACCGUGGUUCAUGAGAGGGUACCUCCCAAGGAGCUCAGUCCUCCAUUGCCAGAUAAAUUUUUUGAUUAUUUUGAUCGUGUGAAAUGGGCUUUUUCUGUAUCAGAAAUAAAUGGAAUGAUACUAGUUGGAUUAUGGCUAAUCCAGUGGUUAUUUCUCAGAUACAAAUCAAUAGUGGGACGCAGGUUCUUUUUUAUAAUUGGAACUUUGUACCUGUAUCGCUGUAUUACCAUGUAUGUUACCACCCUACCUGUUCCUGGAAUGCAUUUUCAGUGUGCUCCAAAGUUGAAUGGAGAUUCUCAGGCUAAGGUGCAGAGGAUCCUACGAUUGAUUUCUGGUGGUGGUCUAUCCAUAACUGGAUCUCACAUCCUAUGUGGAGACUUCCUGUUCAGCGGUCACACAGUAGUGCUAACACUCACCUACCUGUUUAUCAAGGAAUACUCACCUCGUUGUUUUUGGUGGUAUCAUUUGAUCUGCUGGUUGAUGAGUGCCGCUGGUAUAAUCUGCAUUCUCGUCGCCCAUGAACACUACACUGUGGAUGUUGUUGUUGCUUAUUAUAUCACCACAAGGCUCUUCUGGUGGUACCACUCAAUGGCUAAUGAAAAGAAUUUGAAGGUCUCUUCCCAGACUAAUUUUCUCUCUCGAGCAUGGUGGUAUCCGAUAUUUUAUUUCUUUGAGAAGAAUAUACAAGGCUCAGUUCCUUGCUGCUUCUCAUGGCCAAUAUCUUGGCCUCCCAGCUGCUUCAAGUCUUCAUGCAAAAAAUAUUCACGGGUUCAGAAGACAGGAGAGGACAAUGAAAAAUCCACCUGAAAGAAAGAUGAAGAAAGGAAAGAAAGCAUCUGCUCUUUAUUUUACCAAAACAUUAAUGCGAUAACCAAAGUUCUUAAAAGGACUAAAUUGUAAGAGAAUAAGUGGACCAAAUUCUUGUGCAAUUAUACAAGACAAUUGUAGACAAAAUAUAACUCCCCUUGAUAUGUUUUCUAUUCAUCACAUUCUACAGAGCUAUUCUACUCGUCAGUACUAAGAGUCCACCACAGAUAGGAUUUUUCCCUGAGAAAGAAAAGAAGCCGUAGUUUGGUUUACUUAUGAGAUUGAGGUGCCAAAGAACACACCACACCUUUCGUUUAUUAAUUAUCACUCAUCCACAAAAUAUCAUCUUUAGAGUUCUGGAGUUUGAGGGCAAACGCAUACUAAAAUUUAAAGUUACAAUAUCUGUCUACAAUGGUGGGAAGUGGUUUACUGUAUUCUUCUUGCUAAUGAAGGUAAGACUUAUGAUAUAUGACUGGUGAAGCCGGAAGUGAGCCUUGACAUUUUAUGCUCUAUGGGAAUGAAUCUACUAUGACCCUGAAGUACUCCCACUGCCCAUGUACUCUGAUAUACCAGUUUUUACAUUUUGUAUUGGUAAUUUUAUAUUUUUUAAAAAAAAAACUUAAAAAAAGGAAAAGGAAAGCUGUUGUGAUGUGAUGACAUUGCAAAUUAGAAAUAAUACCUGCUAACAUCAUUGGAGCUCUACAAGCAUGGAAGUAUUUUUAUUUUUAAAACCUAUAUCUAUAUAACAAGAAGAAAAUUAUUUCAAAGUCUAAACAUUUAAUGGCAAGUUAGCCUGGGUCUGUAUGUAUUAUGUAUAUAUACCUAUAUGCAUUACAUAGCUAUAUAUACAUACUUUUGUGUAUUCACACACACUAACCAAUAUUAGAUAAAUGAAGAGAAAGCUGUGUAUAAUAUGUUGUAAGCAAAACUCCCACUGAUUUCCUUCACCUGCUUCAAGAUUGCAAAGUCAGUCCCCAAAUGGGAAAUGUAAAAAUCAAACAUUUUAAAUUUUUAGUUACUAUAUCUUGACACUAUUGUGCUUGAGAGCCUGAUGUUAUGUAUUUAGAGGUUUUGGGGGUUUUUUUUCCCUUAUAAAUAGUUGGCACAAAUCUCAGUGACUCGUAAAAAGGUGCAAGGCGAAUACACUCCAACAGCAACACUUCUUCCACUGUUAACUAACAAUAUUUAUUAUUAAAUAGUACUGUCAUGACUGAACUGCUAUUCCUUCCUAUCGGGACUUGUGUAGAUACUUUGGUUGGACAAACAAGUAUGUUGGUUUAGUAUGUGGGAAUACACAACUUAGUUAGUGUACAACAGAACUGCAGAUCAGCAGCUUACCUGGUCAACGUUGUUCUUGGGGAAGCUAAAUUGAUACUGGGCAGCCCAGAGUCUAACAGUUUAUUUGUUCUGUAUUCAUUUCCUCAGCUACUCAAGUAUUUUAUUUUGAAACCUUUAUUAAAAGCUGAUUACAGAGGAGGUAAUUGCAUUAAUAGUUAAAUUAACCUGCAACUUGAGUGGAAAAAAUUGCUCUAAUUUUUAGAAUGUCUUGACAAGUGUGAACACUGAAAAGAAAAUUAAAUAAUGACAUUCUCAUUUUAAAAAUAUCCAGUUAGAAAAAUUACUACAAAUAAAAUGCAAUAUACAGUACCCAGAUCUGAUUUCUUUUUCAGUUCACAGGGUCAAUGACUAUAAAAUUGUACUCCAGAAAAAUCUUUUUAACUUGCAUUUCAGAAGAUUUUUGUGCAUUAUCAAAGCAGAAUACAACAAACUGCAUUUCUUACAGGACAUCCUGGUAAAACAUAGCAAAGUAAUGAUAUCCAAGCUCUUUUUAAAUAAAAAAAAUUCUCCUCACUGACUGCGGGUCUGAUGUUGUGCCUAUGGACACAAGGUUAAUGUCUUGUUCUUGGCAGAACUUUUGUGGCUCACAAACUGAAACCAAGGACAUACAUUUUAAGAACUGUUCCUUCAGUUAUUAGCUAACCAAUCCUAUUAGUACAAUAUCAGCCUUUGCAGAUCCCCAAAGUUGUUGUUGGUGGUGGUUGUUUGUUUUAUUUCUUGUUUGAGUUCAUCUACGUGGACCACAAUGUCUUUGAAGUUAAACCAGACUAGUAUGGUUAAUCUCCUAACUAACAUGUUAGUUAUUUUUAGUUGAACCACUUCUAAUAGCAAAGUCUAUGGAGGGAAAUGUGGGUGAAUUUCAUUAGUAAACCUGCUUCAAGAUAAGCACUGGUCAGAGCAUUCUAGGAAGGAUCAGAAACUAUGCUUUUCACUUGUCAGCCUGUUAGGUUACUGAAUAACACAUCUGUUGAUAGCCUAAAUAGAUUACAACAAAGUUCCACCGAGAUAUUUAGAAGGGUAUCUAGCUAAUGACUGACCUAUAGUAUAUAUCAAGUGCUCUGCUCAAAACCAAUAUCCUUAUUCUUUACAAUUUUUUUUUAGGUCCCAUUUUGUUUAGAGGGGAGAGAAUUAAAAUUGAGUGAGUAGUGUUGGUUGUUUUU